AUGUCUGCAACACAGCUCUUAAACCCCAAAGCGGACUCCCGACGCCGAGGCGAGGCCCUACGGAUCAACAUCAACGCAGGCGAAGGACUACAAGAUGUGCUGAAAUCAAACUUGGGUCCUUCGGGCACACUCAAGAUGCUGGUCGACGGAUCCGGGCAGAUCAAACUGACCAAAGACGGAGCGGUAUUGCUGAAAGAGAUGUCGAUACAAAACCCGACAGCAACCCUAAUCGCGCGAGCGGCCACUGCCCAAGACGACAUUACGGGCGAUGGAACGACGUCGGUAGUUCUCAUGAUCGGAGAGCUUCUCAAACAAGCGGACCGGUAUAUUCAAGAAGGCCUGCAUCCGCGGGUGAUCACGGAUGGAUUUGAGAUUGCGAAGAACGAAACACUCAAAUUUUUGGACGAGUUCAAAAUCACCCGUCCUAUAGACCGGGAACUAUUGUUGUCCAUUGCCAGAACAUCAUUAUCGACCAAGAUCAACUCUGCGCUCGCGGAACAACUUACCCCAUCGAUAGUCGACGCCGUGCUGGCGAUUCACCGACCACCUAACAAGCCUGACCUGCAUAUGAUUGAGAUCAUGAAACUGCAACACAAACUCAGUUCCGACACGCAACUCAUCCGCGGUCUUGUUUUGGACCACGGCGCCCGUCAUCCAGACAUGCCGAAACGCGUCGAGAACGCCUACAUUUUGACUCUGAACGUGUCGCUCGAGUACGAGAAGUCGGAAAUCAAUUCGGGAUUCUACUACAGCAGCGCGGAACAGCGGGACAAGCUAGUCGCGUCGGAGCGACGGUUUGUAGACGAGAAGCUCAAGAAGAUCGUGGCACUGAAAAACGAAGUGUGCGGAUCAGAUCCGAAGAAGGGAUUCGUCGUCAUCAACCAGAAAGGAAUUGACCCUUUGUCGCUGGACGUGUUGGUCAAGAACGGCAUUUUGGCCUUGAGGCGUGCCAAGCGCCGCAACAUGGAACGGCUCCAACUCGUGUGUGGCGGUCAGGCACAGAACAGCGUGGACGAUUUGGAUCCUUCCGUGCUGGGCUGGGCAGGGCUAGUGUACGAGCACACAUUGGGAGAGGAGAAAUACACUUUCGUCGAGGAAGUCAAGGACCCGAAAUCCGUGACGCUCCUAAUCAAGGGUCCCAACCAGCAUAGCAUUACGCAGGUCACCGAUGCCGUCCGCGACGGCCUGCGCAGCGUCUACAAUGCCAUUGUGGACGGCUGCGUCGUCCCGGGCGCCGGAUCAUUCCAGAUCGCCGCUGCAGCCCACCUUUCGUCCGAAGCAGUCCGCAAGUCCGUCAAGGGUAAAGCUAAAUGGGGUGUUGCUGCUUUCGCUGAUGCCCUGCUUAUUAUUCCAAAGACCCUUGCUGCCAACAGUGGGCAUGAUAUUCAAGAUGCUCUCGCUGCCUUGCAGGACGAGUAUGCCGAGGGCAAUAUUGCCGGCUUGGAUCUGGUCACUGGAGAACCAAUGGAUCCUGUCCAGGAAGGCGUCUUUGAUAGCUUCCGUGUCUUGCGCAACAGUAUCGCCAGCAGUCAAGGCAUCGCUAGCAAUUUGUUGCUGUGUGACGAGUUGCUCAAGGCCCGUCAGAUGGGAAGGCAACCUGGACCCGGUGCAAUGGAUCAGGAAUAA